AUGUCCUUGUUCGGCACCUCGCCCGACGACGACGACUCCGCCGCGGCCAACCCGUCUCGUCGGUCCAAGUCCUCGCUCUUCGAUGACGAGCCGCCCACGCACCACCGAUCCGGCUCGGCUCUGUUCGCGGAUGAUAGCAACAGCGGUGACUCCCCCUGGGAUAUGCCGACGCCCAAGAAAGCCGGCCAACAGAAUCUAGUCAAAAACCUCCUUCCAGCCACAGAUGCUCCCGAAACCUAUAUAGAUGCCUAUGAGUUGGUUCUCGAUGCCGGGAACCGGGUCGGCGCUGACGUUGGGUUGACUGCUGUUCGCCAGAUUCUUUCGUCUAGCAGCUUGAAUGCAGCGGACCAGGCUAAGAUACUGAACCUGGUUUUACCCGGAGGCCAGGAUUCUGCAAGCGGGCUAGGGCAGAAUGAGUUCAAUGUCUUGCUUGCCUUGAUAGGGCUAGCUCAGGAAGGAGAAGAUCUAGGGUACGAUGCAAUUGACGAGCGACGAAAUAAUCUCCCACAACCAAAGAUUUCGUACUUGGAUGAUCUUAAAUCUCCCAGCGAACCAGAACCUGUCUCGCAGGCCCAGGAGGAACCCUCGAUACCGACUGCGGAACAACCUGCUACACCGCGACAAGCCUCUUUUGGCGCAUCAGAUCCGGACCCAUGGGGUAGUCCUGACCUACACCGUGGUCACAAUCACACCUCUGUUCCUUCAAAUGAACCGCCACUAAACGGGUUCGGCAGCGUCCGAUCUGGCACUAAUGGAUGGGCGGCUUCUGUCCCCGAGUCGCAUAACGGAGGUCCAACAAAUGGUCAAAUUCCUCCUAGCAGUUCCGGGUCAGGCUGGAGCGCCUAUAACAAUACUACAGCAGCGCCCUUUGGGUCAAGUGGACAACAACCCGAAUUGGGCGGGUUUGGACAACAAGGAAGAGAACAGGACAACACCAGUCCUCAAAACCGGGCAAUUGGCAGUGGUGGAGUGACGGGGUUGGGGGUGGAAGAAACUGUCACUGUUAUUCUACUGCCAGAAAAGGAAGGUGUUUUCAUGUUCCAACAUCGCAAUUAUGAGGUCAAAUCAGCUCGUCGGGGCAGCUCCGUUGUGCGUCGAUACAGCGACUUUGUGUGGCUACUGGACUGUUUACAAAAGCGGUACCCGUUUCGCCAGCUACCAUUACUUCCUCCCAAGAGAGUUUCAGUUAAUGGCACUCAUCUUUCAGCGGAUUCAACUUCAUUCCUCGAGAAGCGCCGACGCGGACUCGUGCGCUUCACCAAUGCGCUCGUUCGACACCCUGUUUUGAGUCAGGAGCAACUCGUUGUCAUGUUUCUAACUGUUCCUACGGAACUUUCAGUCUGGCGCAAACAGGCAACGAUAUCCGUGCAGGAAGAAUUUACAGGCCGAAGCCUCCCACCGGAUCUUGAAGAUUCUUUACCGCCCACCUUGAAUGAAAUGUUCGACACUGUGCGUUCAGGAGUAAAGCGUUCCGCAGAAAUCUACAUCAAUCUCUGUACAUUGCUGGAGCGGUUGGCGAAGCGGAAUGAAGGGUUAGCUGCAGACCAUCUCCGAUUCUCUUUGGCGCUGCAGUCCUUGACCGAAGCAACAAAGACGACAUAUGCCAUUGACACAAACGACGUGCCUCUUCUCAACGACGGCAUCAACGCUACCGCAAGACAUCUUUCUGCGAGUCAAAGCCUGCUUGAAGACGAGGCGAAAGCCUGGGGCGAUGGUGUUUUGGAAGAUUUAAAACGACAGCGCGACUGUCUUGUCAGCGUGCGCGAGCUCUUUGAAAGGAGAGAUCGUUAUGCCAAAGACAACAUUCCCCAAUUAGAGAAGCGCAUUGAAAGCAAUGAAAGAAAGCUUCAGGAGUUGAGGGCCCGGCCGCAGGGGACGGUUAAACCGGGGGAGAUUGAAAAGAUAGAGGAAUCUAUUUUCAAGGACAAGGAAUCAAUUGUGCAGCAACAUGCUCGAGGCGUUUUCAUCAAGGAGUGCAUCCGCGACGAGCUCGCCUACUUCCAACAAAGCCAGUAUCAUAUCAGCCGGUUGCAUCAGGAUUGGAGCCAGGAGCGAGUCAAGUAUGCCGAACUGCAGGCAGACAACUGGAGAAAUCUCAGCGACGAGGUCGAAAGCAUGCCCAACGGUGACUAG